AUGAGGGGCAUGGAGAAAGUAGCUAGGAGGUCAUUGCAGCCGUCCUGGUAGGCACUGAUCAGAUCACAGCAGUACAAAUGGCAAGAGUGAUCCGAUUCUGGAUACAUCUUAACAUAGAAGAACUAAGACUUUCACUUGAAUCUAAGUAGAUCUUUCUGGAGAAUUAUGGGCUGACUAUUCAUAUGGAAGAUUCCAUCCACCCCAAGAUUUUUCAUCAUCUUCUCAACCACCACCUUCUGUGGGUUGACCAGAUGCACAGGCAGUUCUCGGAAGGUUCCUGUGGUUCUGAAAAAGGCCCGUCCUGCCAGCACCACAUCUGGCCUCAGAGGGGACCCGGGAUCCCAUCCCACCGCGAGGAGUGCCUGCAAAAACGAAUGUGAGCAGUUUUUGGUGGCGCUGGUGGUAAAGAACCUGCCUGUCAGAGCAAGAGACGUAAGAGACCUGGGUUCGAUCCCUGGGUCAGGAAGAUCCCCUGUAGGAGGAAACGGCAACCCACUCCAGUACACAGAAGAAGUGCUGAGGCUGGGCCAUGGCGGAGCUGUGCCGCACGGAUUCCUCGCUGACCUCCCUGGACGAGGAGGUGCUGUGGGAGAUGAUGGAGGACCACCGCUGCAGGAUCGUACGCAGCAUCUGCCCCAGCCGUCUCACUCCCUACCUGCGCCAGGCCAAGGUGCUGGACCAGCUGGACGAGGAAGAGGUGCUGCACAGCCCCAGGUUCAACAACUCAGCCAUGAGAGUCGGGUACUUGUUGGAUUUGCUAAAGACUCGAGGCAAGAAUGGGGCCAUUGCCUUGCUGGAGAGCCUGAAGUUCCACAACCCUGAUGUCUACACCCUGGUCACCGGGCUGCAGCCCAGCGUGGACUUCACAAACUUCAGUGGGCUCAUGGAGACGUCCAAGCUGACCGAGUGCCUGGCCGGGGCCAUCGGGAGCCUGCAGGAGGAGCUGAGCCAGGAGAAGGGGCAGAAGGAGGCGCUGCUGCGGCAGUGCCAGCAGCUGCAGGAGCGCCUGGACCAGGCCGAGGCCCGCGCUGAGGGCCUGCGUCAGCUGGAGGCCGACCACAGCCGCAUGAAACGCGAGGUCAGCGCUCACUUCCACGAGGUGCUGAAGCUCAAGGACGAGAUGCUGAGUCUCUCGCUGCACUACAGCAAUGCACUGCAGGAGAAGGAGCUGGCCACCACGCGCUGCCGUGGCCUGCAGGAAGAGCUGUAUCUGAUGAAGCAAGAGCUGCAGCGAGAGAAGAUGUCUUCUUCCUGUGAGCGGGAAUUUCGAGAGCGGUCCCUGAAGAUGGCCAGUGACCUGGAGCCUGGAGACGAGGAGCUGAGCCGCCUGAAGGAGGAGAAUGAGAGGCUCCGCUCCCUGACCUUCAGCCUGGCGGAGAAGGACAUUCUGGAGCAGAAUCUGGACGAGGCCCUGGAGAGCAGGCAGGAGCUGGUGGACCGCAUCCACUCUCUGAGGGAGCGGGCAGUGGCUGCUGAGAGACAGCGAAAGCAGUACUGGGAAGAGAAGGAGCAGACCCUGCUCCAGUUCCAGAAGACCAAGGUGGACUGUGAAAUCUACAAGGAGAAGAUGAACGCCCUGCAGAGCCAAGUGGCCGAGCUGCAGAAGGAGCGAGACCAGGCCUACUCGGCGAGGGAUGGAGCCCAGAUGGAGAUUUCUCAGAACCUGACUGAGAAGGACGCCCUCCGCAGGAAGGUGUUUGAGCUGACGGACCAGGUUUGCGAGCUGCGCCAGCAGGUGCAGCGGCUGCAGGCGCAGGCCGAGUCAUCACCAGGGCCCAAGCAGGAGGCGGGGGUCAGGGAGCCCUGUCUGAAGGGGAAGCAGCGGCUGGUGCGCAUGUUUGCCCUCUGCCCGCGGGACGACAGUGACGGCAGCUCCUCUGAGUCUCAGCUCUGGUCUGACCUGAGCGCCACGUCCAGCCGAGAGCUGGUGGACAGCUUCCGCUCCAGCAGCCCUGCGCCUCCCAGCCAGCAAUCCCUAUGCAAGCGGGCCACAGAGGGCUUCUGGGAAGACUCCUGGCCUUCCAGCAGCUGCCCAGAAAUCCUGGAAGUGGAUCAGGGAGGUUCCCUGGGUGCUAAGAAGAGCAAUGCAGACUUGGAUUUUGAGAUUGUAGACCGGGCAGACCUCCCUGAAUCUGAGAACAGCCUGCUGCCAUCUUCUGGGGACCUCUAUCUCUCCACCAGCUGCUUCCCAGUGAGGCGGAGGCCGGCCCGCAAGAUCCUGAGCCAGGUCACGGCGCUGGCCUUCCAGGGGGGUGCGCUGCUGGAGCAGAUAAGCGUUAUUGGCGGGAACCUCACGGGCAUCUUCAUUCAUCGGGUCACCCCGGGCUCUGUGGCAGAUGAGAUGGCUUUGCGCCCCGGCACCCAGAUUGUCAUGGUGGAUUACGAGGCAACCGAGCCCUCGUCCAAGGCUGUCCUGGAGGGCAUGACCCUGGAGCGGGCCAUCGGACUUCUCCGGAGGGUGAAUGGCUUCUGCUGUCUGUCAGUGAAGGUCAACAUGGAGGGUUAUAAGAAGCUGGUCCAGGACCUGGAGGCCAAAGUGGCCACGUCAGGAGACUCCUUCUACAUCCGGGUCAAUCUGGCCCUGGAGGGGCGGGCGGAGGGAGAGCUUCAGGUGCGCUGCAACGACAUCCUGCACGUCACAGACACCCUGUUCCAGGGCAGCAGCUGCUGGCACGCCCACCGCGUUGGCCCCUACAGCACCAAGGGCACGGAGCAUGGCACCAUCCCCAACUACACACGGGCUCAGCAGCUGCUCAUCGCCCUCCUCCAGGACAUGGCUCAUCAGAGCACCAUGACCCGCAAGCAGCCUUCUGGGGGAGCCCAGAAGUUGGUCCGCAUUGUCAGUAUGGACAGAACCAAGGCCAGCCCUCUGUGGUCAAGCUUUGAAGGAAGCCAGUCGGACCCGAGCCGGGUAGAAGACCCCUCCACUGUGUGCUUUUGGACCGAGAGCUGCUUCACCCUGGUGCCCUACACCCUGGUGCACCCCCACAGGCCCAGCCGGCCCCGGCCCGUGCUCUUCGUGCCCAGGGUGGUCGGGAAGAUCCUGAUUGAGAAGCUGUGCCUCUUCCAAGGGUUUAAGAAAUGCCCAGCAGAGUACUUGAGCCAGGAAGAGUAUGACACCUCCAGCCAGAGAGGGGACAUCAUCCAGGAGAGAGAGGCAUCCGGUGGCCUCUACUGUGUCACCCGCAGAGCAGUCGAGUCCCUCAUGGGAAAGAACACCCACGCCCUCCUGGACAUCCAACUGGACAGUGUCUGUGUCCUGCACAGGAUGGAGAUCUUCCCCAUCAUUAUCCAUGUCUCCGUCAAUGAGAAGAUGGCAAAGAAAUUCAAGAAGGCUCUGCAGCGGCUAGGUACCACAGAGGACCAGUUCCUGGAGGCCGCCAGGCAGGAGGAGGCUGAGCUGGAUAAAGUGCCCUGUCUAUAUAGCAGCCUGGCCCCUGAAAGCUGGAGUGACCUGGAUGCCCUGCUCGGCUGUGUCCGCCUGGCCGUUAUGGAUGAACAGAAGAAGGUCGUGUGGACAGAGUAGAGGCCUUGCUGAUGGCCCCUGUGUCAUGAACAAAUUUAGAAAAUGAACUUUGAUAUAUUUUACUAAAAUAAAAAGCUUUUACAGAA